GGAAUAAAUUCCACCCCGGAAACAUUCGCACGUACAACAAUGUCCCCCCGAAAGAUCAUUGCCGUCGUCGGCGCGACGGGAAACCAGGGGUCAUCGGUGGCCAAAACCUUCCUCGCCGCACCUGGCUGGCAUGUUCGGUGUCUCACGCGAGACCCGCGCUCCCCCAAGGCUUCUAAUCUCGCAUCCAUGGGUGCUGAGGUGGUGCAGGCAGAUCUCGCCGACCCUGCCUCACUCUCCCGUGCUUUCCAAGGGGCACACGCAAUCUUCCUCAACACCGACUUCUGGACUCCCUACCUGGCCGCCCUCGGCGCGUCGUCACUCUUCGAGGCGUGGAAGACAGCCAGUGCCGACGCCUUGGACGAAGCCCGCAUCCGGGGCUUUGACACAGAGCUACUGCACGGCCGAAACGCAGCCGACGCCGCCGCCGCCGUGCCCACGCUCGAGCGGUUCGUCUACUCGGCCCUGCCGCCCAUGAAGGCCGCGUCGGGCGGCAAGUACCCUCACUGUCUGCACUGGGAGGGGAAGGCCGCCGUUGCGGAAUACAUCCUGGGUUCGGACGCCGAGCCGUUACGGUCCCUCGCGUCCAAGACGUCCCUCAUUUAUCUCGGCGCCUACAAUACCAACGCCUUUCUGCUACCCAAACCCAGUGCCGACAGCCCUGGCGAGUAUUCGCUAAUGAUGCCGUGCGGCCGAGACACGCGCCUGCCCAUUGUCGAUCCUGCCAGGUCGACGGGCCCGUUUGUCCGCGCACUGGUCGAGCACGAGGAGCCGGGUACGAAGCUGUUCGCCUACGACCGCGCCAGUGACAUGACGGUCGGCGAGGCCAUGGAGGUCUGGUGCCGCGUCACGGGCAAACAGUCAAAGUUUGUAGGGAUGACGGAGGAAGAGAUGCAUAUGCUCACUGGCCUUCCGAACGAGGUUCUAGAUGGGCCGUCACAUAUUGGGGAGUUUGGCUACAUGGCGGGUGUCACAGGGUUUAUAGAGCCCGGCCAGCUCAAGGUUCCGGUCGAGACAUGCAGCUACGAGGAGUUUCUGCGGGAGCGGCCCCUGGAAGAGCUACUGUGAUUGUCUUUUGAAGAAGGAAAGAUCACUCACCGUGGAUCGUUUAAGCGAGGCAUGUCCGCACCGCAAGACCUAGUUAGUUGUACUGCUCCAACAGUUUUGGGCUACACGAGAGUAGAGGUUAGCACAACCAAGUUUUGAACAAAUAACCCAGCGGGUAAACAUUCGGUACCAACAAGAACUAGCCUUGGCGAA